AGGUUUGCUAGAACCUUGUUCACAAUUCGCAAUUAUAUCGAGAUAGACCGAUGCAUACCAUUGUUAACAUUGCACUUGUGAAUAAUUGUCCGUAGUAUUAGCUAUUCAACCCCAUAAAUGCGCACUUAAUUCAACACAAUGGUGAUUAUAGGUAGAAUUUCGGACGCAGACCAAUCAACAAACCAAAAGUCUUCACAACCAGACGCCGAUUUUCAAUCCCCGCAGAAUUUACCGAGGAAGUCCGCACGCUUGACUAAGGGAUAUGUUGAUGAGAAGGAACGGCAUAUUAUCUCCUUGGAAGAGCUAAAUGAGCAAAUACCAGAGAACGGGAGACCUGUCAGAAAGAUAACAAGGAAAUCACCCAGGUUUCAGGUCAAUGGGGCCAGUGAAGAUGACCAAAGUGAGGGGUCCCCUAGACCUGGAGGAUCCCAGGGGGUUUUGAGACGCAGCACCAGAACCACCAGGGACCAACAGUCCAUGAUCUACAACUGCCUCAUCACUGAUACUGCUGAGGCGGUCCUCCACAAGAUUGAUGACAUGAAGAUGUGCCGCCACUUGAAAAACUCCAAACAAUCAAUGAUGUAUUCUAAAGCCCAGCGAAAGAAGACUACCGACUCUCCAACAGUAAAAACAGUUUCCAAACAAGAAACUGAAGAGUACUCUGAUGACGGUGGAGAUGAUGAGGACGACGAUGAGGAUGACGAUGAUGAAGACGAUGAAAACGACAAUAACGGCAAGCGCUAUGAACCUCGACAGAAAAAAGCGGUGGUUCGUUACCAUGCGCCACUGGAUGAAUCCAGGAAUCAGCCGCCCAUGUUUUUUGACCGUCAGGCAACUUCCACUAGAGGGAGCUACCGCAUCAGUGCCUCAGUGCCCAGGAGUGCCUAUACUACCAGCCGAAGGAGUGGCAGGAUUGGGUCUAUAGGCAGGAAAAGGUAUGCUUGGCACACGCAGGAAGCCAGCUCCUCUGAUGAGGAUGACUCCUCUGAUGAGGAAGACGCAGAGCAAGAAGCCAAGAACAGGUGUCUGCCUCUGAAUUUGCGCAAAGAGGACAUUUUGGGAAUCCAUAAGGACAGAAUGAAGAUGGGUGCGAGCCUGGCGGAUGUCGACCCCAUGGUGAUUGACCAGUCGGUGCGCUUUGACAGCGUUGGCGGUCUGACAAGCCACAUCUCUGCCCUGAAAGAGAUGGUAGUCUUCCCUCUGCUCUACCCAGAGGUGUUUGAGAAAUUCAAGAUCCAGCCCCCAAGGGGCUGCCUGUUCUAUGGUCCCCCGGGUACGGGGAAGACCCUGGUAGCUAGAGCGCUGGCCAACGAGUGCAGCCAGGGGGACAGGAAGGUGGCCUUCUUCAUGAGGAAGGGGGCCGACUGCUUGAGCAAGUGGGUGGGCGAGUCGGAACGCCAGCUCAGGCUGCUCUUUGACCAAGCCUACCAGAUGCGGCCAGCCAUUAUCUUCUUUGAUGAAAUCGAUGGGCUGGCUCCGGUUCGCUCCAGUCGCCAAGACCAGAUACACAGUUCCAUCGUGUCCACCCUGUUGGCCCUGAUGGACGGCCUGGAUAGCCGAGGAGAGGUGGUGGUGAUUGGCGCCACCAACCGACUGGACUCCAUCGACCCCGCCCUUAGACGCCCCGGACGCUUCGACAGGGAGUUCCUCUUUGGCCUCCCUGAUCGUGAGUCCCGGAAAGAUAUCCUAAAGAUUCACACCAGACAGUGGAGUCCUACACCGUCCGAUCCUUUCCUGGAGGAGUUGGCUGAUAAAUGUGUUGGCUACUGCGGUGCCGACAUCAAGGCGGUGUGCGCCGAGGCAGCCCUCUGCGCGCUACGCCGCCGUUACCCCCAGAUCUACGGCACGUCCCAGAAGCUCCUGCUGGAUGUGGGCUCAAUCAACAUCAACAGCAGGGACUUUGUGGCCGCCAUGAGGAAGAUGGUGCCAGCCUCCCAGAGGGCCGUGUCGUCCCCUGCCAAGGCCCUGACCCCCGUGGUCACGCCUCUGCUGGGCCCCGAACUCACCAACGUGCUGGACGCACUGCAGAAGGUCUUCCCCCACGCCGAGCAGGGCCUCAAGAGGAAGAGGGACACAGAUCUGACAGCUAGCAUUCUGGAGGAUGACCUCAUGUACAGUGGGGAUGAGGGCCCCUCAACCAAUAAUUCCAUCACCAAACAGACCACCACCAAAGGGAGCUUCCUCCAUUUUGCCAGGAGUGCGACCUGCCACCCCACCACCUACCGGCCCAGGCUGCUGCUGGCCGGGCGUCCUGGGGCGGGUCAGAGCUCCCACCUGGCCCCCGCCGUGCUCCACGCCCUGGAGAAGUUCACCGUCUACACCCUGGACAUGGCCGUGCUGUUUGGAGUCAGCUGCACCUCCCCCGAGGAGGCCUGUGCUCAGGUGUUCUGCGAGGCCAAGCGGACCUCCCCCAGCAUCCUGUACAUCCCCCACAUCCAGCAGUGGUGGGACACGGUGGGCCUGACCCUCAAGGCCACAUUCCUCAGCCUGCUGCAGGACAUCCCCUCCUUCUCCCCCAUUAUGCUGCUGGCCACCAGCAACGUGGCUCACCACGACUUGGCUGACGAGAUCCAGACUCUGUUCCGGUUGGAGUACGGAGAAGUGCACUCUAUCAAAACUCCCACCCAGCAGGAGAGAAGGAAGUUCUUUGAGAAUCUCAUCCUUAGCCAGGCUGCCAGGGCACCUGCUUCCAAGAAGAAAGCCUUGAUGCAUGCCAUGGAGGUGCUCCCCCUUGCCCCUCCUCCUCCCCCCAGGCAGAUGAGUGAGAGGGAGCGUCUGCGUCUGGAGGAGCAGGAGGAGGACACACUCAGGGAGCUGAGGCUGUUCCUGCGCAACGUCACCGAGCGCCUCUCCCAGGACAAGCGCUUCAAGGCCUUCACUAAGCCUGUGGAUGUCGAAGAGGUUCCUGACUAUAUUAAGGUGAUCAGGCAUCCCAUGGACCUCUCCACUGUGCUGUCCAAGGUCGACCUCCACAAGUACGUGACCGUCAGGGAGUUUGUCAACGACGUGGACCUGAUCUGGAAGAACGCCCUGGAGUACAACCCUGACAGCGACCCAUCUGAUCGUCAGAUUCGUCACCGGGCUUGUGCCCUGAAGGACACGACCCACGCCAUCAUCCGUGACGAACUGGACGAGGACUUUAACAGGAUCUGUGAGCAGAUCAGAGAGUCACGCAACAAGAGAGGGUGCACGUCAUCAAAGUUCGCCCCCUCUUACUACCAGACCUUGCCCAGAGAGGAAGGGUUCGCAGAGUCCAAGAGGCCAGGCGGUAACACUGGCAAAGACGCCAGCACCCCGUUCACUGCCAACACCCCACGGCCCGCACAGAACGGCUAUGGAGACUCCCCUAUGGAGUGUACCUCGGAGAAGACCACUGCCGAGGAUGUGGAAGAGGCCUGUGUUACAGAGCAGCCCAUCACCCCCAUUCCCAAUGGAGACUGGCAACAGCAAGCUCAAGACCCCACAGAAGAAUCACACAGGUCCAGUCUGGGGUCUAAGCCGGUCUGUAUUAGAGUCCAGGACACGGGCAGCGAAGCAAGCUACUGCUUCUGGCCGACGGGAAUCGUUCAGUCAGUCUCACUGAGCUCCGGAGCUCCUGCUGUUGGAGCUCUAACUCAGCACAACGCAUCAGUUAAAGGGAUAUAUCCACUUCUUGACUUAUUUAAAUACUCUUGUGAAAAGAGGCGUGUGACCCGUGCCACUAGGACUCUGGUGCAGCAGCAACAGCAGUUGAUUGACGUGGACAAGGCCCUGGAGAUCCUGACCCAGAAGACCCCUCAGCUGGUUGUGGACCACGACAAACUCAAGGAAUUGCUCAAAAGAGCUGUGUCCAAGACUGAGGGUUAUGAGGUGCAUCAGCUGGAGAAGCUCUAUGCGUUGUUGUGUCAGAGCAUCUACAGGUACCGCAAGAACUUUGAUAAGACUGAGCUCGUACAGGAAAUGAAGGGAGACAUUGACAACUUUUCCUAACUUCGCUUGAUGUUUUGCUUAUUUCCAUAUUGUAAUAAAAUAUGAUGCAUUUA